AUGACAGCUUUGAAACAAUUAGACCAACUCUCGGUUAGAGAGCUUAGGAAUGAACUUCGUAACCGAUAUGAGAUAAUUGGUGGUACCAAGGAGGUGCUUACAGCUCGUCUCCGGCAAGCCUUGAUUGAUGAAGACGAAGAUCCGGAGACCUACCUAUUUGAAAUUGAACCGGAGAUUUAUGAGCUUAUUGGCAAGAUAAAUGAAGGUAUUGAUGCAAUGUGUGAACAAAUUAACAGUAUGAGGAACAAGGUAGAUAAAAUGGUGUCUCAAUUGAAAGAAGUAGACUCGUUGGUAAAGGAGCAGUUGCCUGUAGACUCGUUGGUAAAGAAGUUGCGUGGUCAAGACUGUGGCUGCACAAACAGUGGUGACGGAGACGAUUGGAAUUGGAGCGCCGUCUGUGUUGUGGGCAAGUCUUGUGGUUGUGACUUUCAAGACGAGAAACGUGACAACGAUUGCUGUGAUGAUCUCAACGAGAUGUACCGAAUCGAACGGAAAGUGACAAAUGAAGAAACUGAAGACUGUUACGUGCCUGAAGCGUUUGUUCCUGUUGUACCUGUUACCAGUACCUCAAUGAGCCGGACGGAGCAAGACAACGUUGGGUCUGCGUUCAAGCCUGUUGCUAUGGACCUUAAAGACCUCUGCCUAUCUGUCGGUGCUCACGAGGGAAAUUCGAAGCUUGACAACUGCAUCCAGAAGUUUAGCAUGAACUGUACGUGCGGUGCAUCACACAUAGAAUUUAGAUGCCAAGAAAACCACCAACAGGGCAUAUGUACUUCUACCAUCAUCAUCGACAUUGGCAUAGAUGAAUGUCAAUCAAACCACUCUAAAUCUGAGCUGCCAAGAGGAAGACAUGUUCCACUUGAACCUGAAGAGACCUAUCUUCUGGACGUAAGACUGUUGUCUGAGGAUGACUGCGGUGCAUUGGACUUUGCUUGCAACGUGGCUGCAAGCGAACCUGCAGCUCCCUUGAGAGGCGUCUGUCGGGAAGGUCUGCUGAGACAGCGUGUCCGAUCAACGGCUGUGCUGAAGAAAACAGUGCUCGACCCUAUCUCUUUGUGUGGCAAACGGCCACGUCAUUAUCGCAACAACAGCCUGGUCAACUGGAGAAAGAGAAAGCGGCACUGGAGGAAAACAAUGCGGAUGGCCUCGUGGGGAACACGCUCUCUGCCGCCUGUGGCUCCGACUGAUCGACCUCCACCUGAACUGUCAAACCUCAGCUGCAGUGUUUCUUUUCGGGACGAAAAGUGCUAA